AUGUCGAUAUCAACAAAAUAUUUCCAAUUAAUUAUUAAUUCUAGGCAAUUUAAAUACUCUUUGAAUUUCAAUAUAUUUUCUUUCUCUGCAUUUUCAACUGAUUCAACAUGUAAAUUAAUCGACCAAAUACAAAAAGCUUCUUAUGGAGGGCAAGUUUACUUAAAAAAUGGAUUGCCUUUUAUUGAUAUUCCUUUGCCUUCACGUAAAGAAAAUUGUCAUUUUAUUUUGAGGCCUUUUGGGGACACCGUUGGUUCAUUAUCGGAGUCAUUAUCGAAUGAGGAUAGCGGAAUUGAAGUUAUCGCUUUUUAUACUUGUGAAGGACUAAGAAUAUCAAAAUGUACACGUAUUCAUCAUUUACUUACAUUUCCAACAUUAUAUCUUCGAAUUAAUGAUUCUUUUUACAAAUUUGAUGUGGAUACUUCUUUUUAUAUUUCUAGUUUAGAUAAAGCUGAAUCAUUUAAUGACAUAAAAUCAAAGAUUUCUACUCUCUACACGGUAUUUGAUGUAGAAGAAUAUAAAAUCAAAAAAGAAAGUAUUCUUUUAAAUAAUUUAGAAAAUGUUGAACGAAAAUUGAGGCCACUUAUAAUUAUAAGGAAGAAUAUCGAAAAAGAAUGUGAAAAACAUGCAAAACGAAUUUUUUGGUCAGGCUUCUCUGCUAUUUGUUUUCAAGUUGGGGUUUUUGCAAGGCUAACUUGGUGGGAAUAUAGUUGGGAUAUUAUGGAGCCAAUUACUUAUUUUUCAACUUUUUCGAGUGUUGUAAUUGCACUUGCCUAUUAUUUGGUUACAAAACAGAAUUUUGAAUAUUCUUCGGCUAAUGUACGGAUUUUCAAUAAAGAUUUUUAUAGGCGAGCACGAAAAUACAGGUAAAAAUAAAAUGAAGAUUUUAAAGAAAGUUUUUAGUUUUGAUGUGGCAGAAUUUAAUGAUUUAAUAAAAAUAAAGGAUGGAUUGAAUUGUGAAUUACAAAGAAUAAAAAAUAAUGAAAUUAUAAGA